UGCGGGAGUCAUUGGGCGUCCUUUAACUUGCUGCCGGCAAUGCCUUCGUUUCUUCUGAUUUUUGUGCAUUGCGAUUUUUAAUGCUUCUUUUCUGGGCUGUACCCUAACAAAUAAUUUAAACUUGAUUGCUAAACCGCAACGUGCAAGAAAAGGAUGAAUAGGGCUCCGAGCCUUCAGGUAAAGCCGGGGAAAAUGCGCAGCUCCCGAAACGUGCUUGUGUUCCAGGAUGUCCUAAGCGUAGCUGAUUAAAGGUGGACAGCGGGCUGCGUUGAAUGGCACUAUUCUUUAAGAUCGUCCGCCUUAUAACGCACGGAGACCUGAUGCAAAUCUAAUCUGGACACUGCUGUGUCUGGUGAAACGCUCCAAUUAGCCGGAGGGGAUCGGAUCUGACCAGCAUAUUGAUUCAGUUCUGCAAGUACAUCUCCACGACCUCCACGCUAUCAACAACAGCGAAUGAAACGCACGUAAAAAACGCUGCGAUAUAUAUAUUCUUUUUUCUUUGUCCAGUAUUUUCAAAACGGACAAAACAGUUUCCAAGCAAAUAGUGUUUUGAUGUUGUUAAGCUACGCGCAUGCGUUGCUGUGGACGGAAUCAUUGCGCUGCCUAGGACUAAGUUGCGUUCCUUGAAUCUUCGCUCAAAGUCAUUUCUUUAAUCGGAGUUAGGAAUGUGGACGGUUCGAGACAGAGGAUGUUUCGGGAUUUUGUCGCUUCCCCUGAUGGUCGCCACGGUCUGCUGCGCUCAGAGCGCAAACGAGCCGAGCAACAUGUCAUAUGUGAAAGUGACCGUGGACAAAUUGCUCAAAGGAUAUGACAUUCGGCUAAGGCCUGAUUUUGGAGGUGCCCCUGUUGAUGUCGGAAUGAGCAUAGACAUCGCGAGUAUCGACAUGGUCUCAGAAGUUAACAUGGAUUACACCAUCACCAUGUAUUUCCAGCAGUCAUGGAGGGACAAGCGACUCUCCUACACGGGAAUCCCGCUCAACCUCACUCUGGACAACCGGGUGGCCGACCAGCUCUGGGUCCCCGACACCUACUUCAUCAAUGACAAGAAGUCCUUCGUGCACGGUGUGACGGUCAAGAACCGCAUGAUCCGGCUGCACCCAGACGGCACUGUGCUCUAUGGCCUUAGGAUCACUACCACAGCCGCCUGCAUGAUGGAUCUACGCAGAUAUCCUUUGGAUGAGCAGAACUGCACCCUGGAGAUUGAAAGCUAUGGCUACACCACUGAUGACAUCGAGUUCUACUGGCAGGGUGGGAGUUCGGUCACCGGAGUGGACAACAUUGAGCUUCCCCAAUUCUCCAUCAUUGACUACAGAACACUGUCCAAGAAUGUGGUGUUUGCAACAGGGGCCUAUCCCAGGCUGUCGCUCAGCUUCAAGCUGAAGAGAAACAUUGGCUACUUCAUCCUGCAGACCUACAUGCCCUCAACACUGAUCACCAUCCUGUCCUGGGUCUCAUUCUGGAUCAACUACGAUGCGUCAGCUGCCAGGGUGGCCCUGGGGAUAACGACCGUCCUGACAAUGACCACCAUCAACACACACCUGCGUGAGACCCUUCCCAAGAUCCCCUACGUGAAGGCCAUUGAUAUCUACUUGAUGGGCUGCUUCGUCUUUGUCUUCCUGGCACUGCUGGAGUAUGCCUUCGUCAACUACAUCUUCUUCGGGAGGGGCCCCCACCUGCAGAAGAAGGUGGCAGAGAAGGCUGCCAAAACCAACAAUGAGAAGAGCCGGCUCGAGACCAACAAAGUGCAGGUGGAUGCCCAUGGCAACAUCCUCCUCACAAACCUUGAAAUCCGGAACGAGGUGAGUGGCACGGAGAUGUUGGCAGGCCUGGGAGACCCGCGGGCCACCAUGUUCUCCUACGACAGCGCCAGCAUCCAGUACCGAAAGCCCAUGACCACCCGGGAUCUGUACGGACGCCCCGCCAUGGACCGCCCCGUGAGCCACAAGAAGGGCCGUCUCCGGAGGAGGGCAUCCCAGCUCAAGGUCAAGAUCCCCGACCUGACGGACGUCAACGCCAUUGACAAGUGGUCCCGGGUCAUCUUCCCCAUCACCUUCACCUUCUUCAACCUGGUCUACUGGCUCUACUAUGUCCACUAGAGCAGCCGUCUGCUCCUCCAGCUUUAUCGGUUCAUUUAUUCCUUAUAUAUUUUAUUUAUUUUUUAUGGUUUGAGUUUAAUCCCUAAAGGACCGCCAUAAGGUAAAUAAUUAUAAUAGUAGUAAUAGAAAAAUUAACAAUGUAAGUAUAUAGCGCUAAGGCAAGUAUCGUAUUCAGCCAUUGUUUAUUUUUUUCAUGAAUUUAAGUUGAAAUGGGGUAUACAUAAUAUUUACUUUUCAGUGUAAAUAUAUUUUAAAGUACAGAAAAAUGGAACCAGUGAACGAAGUCAGCUAAUUUCUCUUGCCUGUCACCGCAUCCACCCGCACCAGUAGUGUAGCAUUAAUCUGCGUGGAUUCACGGCGCAGCGGAGCUGUGGAAUUUGGCCCCAGCAUUAGCCCAUCAACGAAAAAAACUGAACUUUGUUGCCAAAACGGAUGACAUUAGCCACUGCAUAGCGCUGUGAUUUCACAAGAAGCGCCCCCCCCCCACCACCCCCCCACGUUCACAGCGGCUUGUCACGUUCUGCAUGUGAUCAAUCAAAAUAGUGUUUAUGUUGUUCACGAGAAAACAACAACAUCAACAACAAAACAUACAAAAGAAAAC